UAGCGGUAAAUUCCGUUGAAAAAUAACAUGAUCGAACACGAAUGCAACGAGGCGCUACUAUCGCGCCGUGUUGAUCAUAUAAAAUAUCUAUUUCAGAAAAAAAUUCAUUGAUUUUUGAUAAUCUUUCGUGCAUAAUAAUUAACUAACAUGUUUCAUUGACUAGUUUCAAGAUGUUAAAGACUAUGUGAUGAUGAUUCCGGUAGUAGAUUUUGAAGAUUACGCGUCAUAGUGUCAAAGAUUACAACCUAAAAUUUAAUAUUGAAAGUAUUUUCGUUCUGCUUGUAUGAAAUAUAUAAAAUGAACAUCAUAUCGUGUUGGAUAUUAGUAAUAAGUGCAUUGAAAUUAGUAACAGCAGAAUGGAAUACAAAAGAUUAUAUGAAACGAGAACAUUCUUUAAUCCGACCAUAUCAAGGAUCUGGAAUGUCAAUACCUUAUUGGGAUUUUACGGGUAGUACAAUAGUAACGAAUAACUAUGUAAGAUUAACACCAGAUUUACAAAGUAAACAAGGUGCCAUAUGGAAUGCUGUUCCAUGUCAUGCAAGAAAUUGGGAACUUCAAGUUCAUUUUAAAGUUCAUGGAAAAGGAAAAGAUUUAUUUGGUGAUGGUUUUACAAUUUGGUAUGCAAGAGAAAGAAUGAAAUCAGGUCCUGUCUUUGGAAAUCAAGAUUACUUUCAGGGAUUAGCUAUAAUUUUAGAUACAUAUAGCAAUCAUAAUGGUCCACAUAAUCAUCAACAUCCUUAUAUCUCUGCCAUGGUCAAUAAUGGUUCUUUACAUUAUGAUCAUGAUCGUGAUGGAACACAUACACAAAUUGCAGGUUGUGAAGCAAACUUUAGAAAUCUUGAACAUGACACACAUAUUAGUGUGAGAUAUGAAAGAGAUACAUUGACUGUUUCUACAGAUUUUGCAAAUAAAGCUGCAUGGAAGGAAUGUUUCUCUGUAAAAGAUAUAAAACUGCCUACAGGAUAUUAUUUUGGAAUUUCUGCAACAACAGGAGACUUAUCUGAUAAUCAUGAUAUUCUAUCUGUUCGUUUGUUUGAAUUAGACCUACCAGAUGAUCCUAAAGAUCAAGAAGAUAGGUCAAAUAUUUUACCAUCAGCUGCAUAUUUUGAUGCACCUCGAGAACAUGUAGAUGAUCCAAAACAAUCUGCAUUAAGUAGAAUAAUGUUUUUCCUUUUAAUGCUUGUGGCUGCGCUUGCAUUAAUUGCCUGUGUGGUAAUAGGUAUUAUGUGGUAUCAGAAACAUCAAGAAAACAGUAGGAAACGUUUUUAUUAAAUCAAGAUUUGGAAUCGUUCCUAUGGAAAAAAAGAAAGAAGAAAAAAUUAAUUGUUCUUUUUUUCGAUGCACGCUUAAAAUGAAUAAUACAAAGGGAUAUACAAUGUUGAAAAAAAGGAGACGAGGAAAUAAAAAGAUCUCAUCGAUCAGUGAAAAUUUAUAUUGAAAUUGACCAAAUGGAUUUAGUUUAGGUAAACUUUGUAUUAUAUUCUUUUUUAUGAGUCAUAUCAAUGAUGACGCGCAUACGUACUAUUCCUGUUUUCGCAUAACCCGUAUUAUCUGUAGCUUAAUUACCUUGAUCAUAUAUGUAGAUCACGAGCUGUGACCCUCUUAUAUAUCAAUAUGUACGUAAUUUAGUUUCACUGUCGAUCAUUGUUGUAAUUAUACACGAUUAUACGAUUUACGUAUCGUUGUGAAUAUAUGACAUUCAAAUCAGAUUAUUUUGCGCAGAUAUGCGAUUUUACACAAUGAGAUCUUAGGAUAAGCUUCAGAUAUAUAUAUAUAUAUAUAUUUCUAAUAUGCCGAAUAUAAUACGAUUAAAUGCAGUCGAAGCAGAUACGUAAUAUAGAUAAAAUCCUAUUGAGGUAAAUCACAUAUACUACUGUUUAAAUGAAAAUUACUAAAAUUAGAUUCCAUUUUUAAGAAAAUAAAUACAUUUAUAGACUAUAUUACCAUCGAUUACAUGAACAUAAUUGCUUUUUCAAAGGAACGAUGUAGAUAAUUAUAAAUGGGAAUCGUUCAACUGUUAUAAAGUAUCGAGCGAUUGCAAACCAUGAACAUUUCUAACGAAGAUCGAUCGCUAACAAUACUUUUUGUUUUGUCAUCAUAUAUAUUUACACAAUCUUUAGAAAUAUAAUAUAAGAUGCAAAGUAGAUGAAAUGUAUUUCAUCAAGCUUAAAUUCAGAGAAAAAGUCAUAGGUAAAGCAAUAAGAAGCACGAAUAAUCGGUGACGCAAUCAUCAAGGUCAUUCGUUUAUAAAUAGAUCAUAUUUUAUGGAGUUAGAUUUCGUCUACUUUCAAACAGAAACGUUGUCAACGCAUUGCUGAAUUGCGCAAAAUGAACUUAAUUAUUACGAUUAUUUCUUGACGAUUUUCUAAUCGAUGGGAACUGGUUUAACGAUUUCGUUGCGUCACGAGUAAGCUCGAUAUCGCAUAAUAAUUCUUGUUUUUUUCUCGUGCAACGCCUACACGCCUGAUAUUUAUUAUAACAGGAUAAAACAAAAAAGCUAUGAUUUCUAUCUUUUUAUAGAGAACGAAACAAAACGAACAAUGAAAAAAUAUUUUUAAAAAUGAACACGAGUUAAUCGAUUUUAAAUAUUUAAGUUGUCCACUUUUAUCGAUGGUGCAUAGUAUGUAAUAAGUAUCGUACGCAUUCUUCUUAAUUCAAAUGAUUCCGUAUCUUGAACAAGUAGUUAGGCACGACCAAAAGCUCGGUAGAUUAAUGAUGCGCUACAUACUUCAAUGAUAAGUGAACUGUGUAUAUUAAUCGACGUACGUUGUGGCACAUAGGUCGCGAUGUAACCCGAUUUCUAUUUAUAUCCGUUGCUAUUACACGUGCAUUUCUAAGAGAAAAAUCGCUUAUUUAUUUAUAUUUAAAAAUAUCUCAUUAUUUAUUGUAAUACAUGCACGUAUUUUCAUCCAUCACUCUUUUCAUUUUAUAUUCUGUUUCUCAAAAAAUAUUUCUUUGUUAAAUUUCAAAUUAAAUGUAACCAAUUAAAUUUAUAUUAUCAAGUAUAAAGAGCACUCAUAAUUUCGCCGCGUACAGACAACGGCGUUCAUGCUUAUCAAGCACGCGAUUCGCUGUAACCGUAUUUUCGAUCGCAACGUCCAGCACGUUACUACUUGACCAGAUAUCGUAGCUGUUUAUGAAUGAAACCAGUUGUAGUAGCAGCCCCCUCUAUCCGCUCUUAACGCCCCUACCACUUAUAUUCGUUCCUCAUACUGCUAUACAUUGGAAUUUAUUUCUCGAGCACGUGCUUCGUAUAGAAUGACAAAUAUUUCAAUUGACAUUCUUUUGAUCACCGUUAUUCACAUGUACCGCGUUUCGUAUUCCCCGAUUUUAUCGGGAAAUAAAAAAAAAAUCGAAGUUCGAAUAUUGAGAAAGAAAUUCAUAUUGAAACAACGAAAAGAAACGACUGGCAUAUAU